ACGGACGGAAGCCCAACACGGACAAUUCCAUGUUGCGCCAUUCAAUAUAUUGAAGCUCUUUACUUUUUUUUAUUUAACCAAGUAAGCUAAGUUAAACAUAUCCCAUCCGAAUUUUUUAUAUUUUAAAUUUUUAUUUAUAUUAUUUUAUACACGACGAGUACUUUUAUACUUUUUGUUGCGCACGGCACACCACUACGUCAUCCAACGUGACACAGUGCUCAUCUGUAGCACUGAGUUAUCGACAGUCAGAAGAUGGCCUACCCAAAAUCUCACAAUCCAUUUGCUGAUGACGAGGAGGAGGAAGGAUUUAAGCCUAAAAAUAGGGAUUUUGAUGGUGAAGCUGAUGACAGCGGGCUGUCUGACGCUGAGAGGAGGCAGAGGUAUCUCCGACAGGAAGUAAUGCGCACAGCACAGUCUGCUGUGGAUAGCAGCCAUCGUUCCCUUGGUCUCAUUUAUGAAUCUGAGAAGAUGGGUGUGGAAACUGCAGAGGAGUUGGUGCGACAAGGUGAAGCUCUGAAGAGGGCUGACAAGAUGUUGGAGGGUAUGGAUCAGGACCUGAAAACCAGCCAAAAGCAUAUUAACUCUAUCAAGAGUGUGUGGGGAGGUCUUGUCAAUUACUUCAAGGGUAAGCCAGAUGCAAAGCCAACCCCUGAAGAGCCAAAAGCCUACGAGACCAAUGAACGAUUACAGAAGGCCAUGUCCAGCAGCAGAGAACAUGAAGAUAAAUACCAAGCGAGCCACCCCAAUCUAAGAAAACUGGAGACAGGAGGUUUUGGAGCAGCUUCAUCCUUGGAUUCUGGCUCAUCCGGACAGAAUGGAUACCCACAGAACAGCUACCUCAAGGAGGCUCACCACACCCUUGAUAAAAAUUUGGACGAGAUGUCAUUUGGCCUGAGUCGACUGAAGAACCUCGGGCUUGGUCUUCAGUCUGAAAUCGAAGACCAGGAUGACUCCAUUGAUUCUCUGAUGAACAAAGUGGACAAGAUGGAUCUGAAGAUUACCAACACAAACCAACAACUAAAGAAUCUGAAAUAGGACUAAACACACGUGGACUUAUCUCUUAUGAGGAAAGCAUAUGGCAGCAGGUCAAUCCCUCAUUUGACUUUUCAUCCUGGACUCGGGUUAAUAAACGUCCUUUCAUUUUAUUUAGUUUUUAAAUUUCUCUUCUGCCUAAACAAUCCUUCCCACUUUUCUUUGGAAACAUGUAAUCUGUCCCUGUUUACCUUGUUUUCACUGCCAAACUUCACUGCAUUUGUGUGAUUCUCAGUUUUUCCUAAUCACCAAAGGUGGGUUUUUGACAACUAGCUGAUUUGUAAAUCAUGCAAAAUAACGAGGAAAAUAAUAGAAAAUGACAAAUCAUUCCAUAAGUUGGUAAAAUUUCUAUUCUAUGUUUAAUUUUCCUGAAGAUAUAACGACUCCUGAACCUUUCACUACGUUUAAAAAACACAAACAUGCAAGAAAACUAGCUUAAAGUCACAUUUGCCUUACAUACAUGUAUUUGUGUAGUAGCGAAAAAAAACAAACCUGCAUCAUGAUUUUGUCUCAUAUUUAUGUUAUGUCACUUUAAGUCUUUGUUUAUUUUUGCAAAUAAAUGUGCUUUAGUA